UUAGAACAUUUCCUGCCUUUAUAAGAUCCCCACCUCCCCAACUCUCCUUCACCAUUCCCUCUCUCUCUCUCUCUCUCUCUCUACAAAGGCAAAAAAGGAGAUUUUCAUGGAGAGAAACGGCAAUGCGGCUGAGGGAGGAAGCAGGAGGGGCCGGGGCCGAGGCCGAGGCCGCCGGGCUGAUCUUUUGGCGGGCCCGGUGCAGAGAGGGCCCAGAAUGGUGCGGGCCAGGCGGGCCAGCCUCCAGGGCCUCGCCAUGCCCGGAGUGCACGUGCCGCCUCUGCCUGUCGCACGUGAAAUUGAUGUCUCAAAACUUGCGUAUCUUUUCAAUAAGCAGCUAAGGAACAGCGACGUAGGCGUCCUGAGAAGGAUGAUCCUUCCAAAGAAAGAAGCUGAGAAAUAUCUUCCUAUCCUUCAAUCCAAAGAAGGAAUUGCGAUUAGCAUGCUUGACAUGGAUGGAAUUCACGAGUGGUGGUUCAAGUACAGAUUCUGGCCGAACAACAGCAGUCGGAUGUAUGUGCUCGAGUACACCGGGGAAUUUGUGCACGCGCAUGGUUUGGUAACCAACGACUUCAUUCUCGUCUACCAGAACGUCGAAGACGGAAGAUAUAUCAUUGAGGCAAGAAAGAAAGGGCAAGAUCUUGCACCGAGGAUGUCCGACAAUCUCGCGAUGACUGGAGCAGCACCCGAGCUGGACCUCCUCGAACUCCCUGAUCUAGAUUACACCGAGAUGGUGUAUGCGUAUGACAACGAGUUCUUGGACGACUCUCCCCUCGACUACACGGGGGACUCUAUCAACUUACCAAACCUCGGAUCGGACUCCUCUUCCGAAGCCAAAAAUGAUGAAGACUUCGACUCCGACUUCGGAUUGUGAAAGAUAUUGAAACUUUUGGUUUGGAAAGAAGUAUGUGGGAUGGGGUAAGUAUUGGUUACGUACACAUAAAUAAAUACAUAAAGGUAGAAGGAAAAGUAAGGUACCAUCAUAUUCCUGUGUUUUCUAUUGAAUGAACUUAAAUUGUCUUUAUACAUAUCUAUCUGAACUUUGUUGUUACUUGGCCUUCUAGUCGAAUUUAGGAAAAAAGUUUGCCAAUGGGAAUCACGCAAAAUCAAAUGGCAUGUUCAAUAGAUUGAUCACGCCAAUCCAAUUGGGUGUUUCAAACACGGAACGUCUUAAUCCAUCCCAAAAAUCAACAAUCAAUCCAUCUCUGAUUCAUGCCAUUUUCGAAGGCGCUGUUGCACGCCAAUCCAAUUGGCAUUGCCAUUAUUCAUUUUUCCUUGUAAAGGAAUGAAAAAGGAAAAAAAAAAAAAGGAUUUUUCAAAUUGAAAUUUUACUAUUGAUCCUCACUAUUAUGUGAGUAGGCGGUUUAGCCAACAGCUUUAAUCAUUUUUAAAUAAUGACUUGAAAUUCGCAAAUCGUUUUAAAUGAGAACUACCGUAAAAAAUGCCCAAUAAUCAAAUAAAAAGGCUGUAACUAUGAUAACUAUAAAAUGCCCAAAAAUGCCCACCAAUUAUGAAAUCACAAAUAACAAACAAAAUAAAACAAUCAAAAACUCGUAUUCUCAGUGAUGAGGAUCAUCUUAUAGUUAUUUGUCUCAGGAAAAAAUAUAAGGUUGCAGUGGCUAAGUUUGAACCCUCCAUACAUUUUGCCGAUUAUUUUAAAUUUUGCAGGGAGGCACUUUCACAAAUCCUAUUGCGGCAUCUAGUUCUACAAGUUUGCAAAUAUGCAAAGUACUCCAAUCAGCCAAAAGCAUUAGAAAAAAAAAAACCGUCGAAAGUUCAAUAAA